AUGGCUGGUCGUUUUAUGAGAAAUGUCAGUCUCUCAUCUGGAAGUUAUAGAGGUAAUGCUGGAUACGGUGGUGGUAACUAUGGAGGCCAAGGAAAUUAUGGUGGUUUUGAUCAAUCUGCUGCAAUCAAUUUCGAUGGUGGGAAUUUCAAUGUUGCUGCUACUGGUGACGUUGCCACCGGAGGUCCUGCUGGAUAUGGAAGCCAGAAUACGGGAUUUGAUGGUAGUGAUCAAUUCGGUAGUGCUGAAGAUGGCUUCAAGGAGGGAAGAGAAGCAUUCGACUCAAACGAGCCAAUGAAUGAGAACUUCCGGGACAACGACGAUGAGAAUAGAAGUGAUUUCGCCAAAAGGGCAUGA